CGGCAACAGAACGUAGGAUACGGGUCGCUGGGUCAGCGCGGGCUUCCCCGGGUGAACCGCACUAUAUCAGGACAGAAAUAUCUCUGUUCGUUCUUCCCUCUUCCGGCAAAGAAAAGCAAGCAAUAAAGAUGUUGGAGAAGAUCGGGCUGCCUCCAAAACCAUCACUGAGGGGCAAUAACUGGGUCGUUGAUGCCUCGCAUUGCCAAGGCUGUACCUCUCAGUUCACCUUCAUCAAUCGCAAGCAUCAUUGUCGAAGGUGCGGUGGCUUGUUUUGCAAUAGCUGUACUAAUCAAAGAAUGCCAUUGCGUGGUCAAGGCGAUUCACCUGUUCGAAUUUGUGACCCCUGCAAGAAGUUAGAGGAAGCAGCACGGUUUGAAAUGAGGCAUGGAAACAAGAGAAAAGGCAGUUCAAGACUCACACCUAAGAAUGAGGAUGAAGUUUUAAAAUCAAUCUUAUCAGGUGACAUACUUUCUCAUGACCAGCAGCAGUCCUUUGUUGCUUCAUCUUCUUCUCAUAGUCACGAGUUACCCACUAAGGAUGUGUUGAUGAAUGAGACGGGAUUCAUCACUACUCCAGAAGAAUUACGCCAACAAGCCAUGGAUGAGAAGAAGAAAUACAGAACAUUAAAAGCAGAAGGAAAAUCCGAAGAAGCUCUUAGAGCAUUUAAAAGGGGAAAAGAUCUUGAAAGACAGGCUGUAACUCUGGAGGGGGAAAUUAGGAAAAACCGCAAAAAGGUUUCUUUAUCUUCUGGAAACAUCCCUGAUGAAUCCAGUAGAUCAGUUAGUAAGAAAAAGGACGAUCUUGCAUCCGAACUCAAAGAAAUGGGAUGGUCUGAUAUGGAUCUUUAUGAAUCUGAUAAAAAAUCAGCAACUAUGAGCCUGGAAGGUGAACUCUCUGUUCUUCUUAGAGAAGUAUCUCAAAAACCAAAUGCUGGGAAAAAAAACCAAACAUAUGAUAAUUCCCAAGUUAUUUCUCACAAGAAAAGAGCUCUAGAAUUUAAACGUGAAGGUAAACUUGGCGAGGCCAAAGAAGAACUUAAAAAAGCUAAACUACUCGAAAAGAAAAUCGAGGAACAAGAAUUCCUGAUUGAUUUUGAGGAAUCUGACGAUGAUGAAAUCUCUUCCUUGAUCCGUAGUUUGGAUUCUGCUGAUACGCAGGAAGAAGUGGUAGUUGACUCUACCUUUGACAUUGAUGAUAUUCUUUCGGUUGCUGAUAAUCUUGGUGGUGAUCUCGAAGUGACUGAAGAUGACAUGGAUGACCCAGAAAUGAAAGCUGCAUUAAAAUCAUUGGGUUGGACUGAAGAAGAAAAUCCCGCCACUGUUGAUAAUAUAGAAACAAAACAGACUGAAGUCCAAUCGUUGAAAAGGGAAGCUCUCAAGCAGAAAAGGGAAGGUAAUACUUCUGAUGCAAUGGAACUGUUAAAGAAGGCAAAGAUGAUUGAAAAUGAACUCAACAGCUUCGCUAUGCUGGGUGAAACCAGCCUAAAAACUAAAGGCAGUGGACCUAAAACCAAAAUGAUGAUCCAGAAAGAACUUCUUAGUUUGAAGAGGAAUGCUCUUGCUAUGCGAAGGGAGGGUAGGUUGGAUGAAGCAGAUGAAGAACUGAAGAAGUGUAAGGUUCUAGAGAACCAGCUCGAAGAAUUAGAUAACAAUAAUAAUAGUAACAAUGCUCAGACUAGGAAUAAUGAUUUCAUUGUAGAAAAUGAUGAUGAUGGUGGUGGCGGCGGUGGCGAUGAGGUCACGGAUCUGGACUUGCAGGAUCCGAACUAUCUUUCGGCUUUAAAGGCUUUGGGUUGGGAGGAGGAUGAAGAAGAAAACAGUGGAAGUGUUAUUCCUAGUACAUCUCAGGUUAAAAACAAUAGCGGGAAAUCUAAAAGAAGUAAAGGUGAAGUCCAGAAAGAACUUCUGAGUUUAAAAAGGAAGGCUCUUUCCUUGAGGCGUCAAGGAGAAUCUGAGCAGGCAGAGGAACUUCUGGAAACCGCUAAAAACUUAGAGACGGAGUUGGUUGAAAUCGAAUCUUCAUCUCUUAACAGAGUAGAAAUACCUGAGUCUUGCACACAAAAAGAGGCAAUUAUUAUAGAUGCUCACCCCAAUGUUCCCUUAGACUCAAGAAGUGAUAUCAACAAUGAUUCGCAGAGAAAUAAAAAGGAUAUUCCAGAGAAUAAACCAAAUGAGAUGGUCCAUGCAGAGAAGACGUCCAGCUCUCUCCAGCAAGAGAUUCUUGCUCAUAAGAAGAAAGCAGUCGCCUUUAAGAGAGAAGGGAGGUUGACAGAAGCCAAGGAGGAACUUAGGCAGGCAAAAGCAUUAGAGAAGCAUUUAGAGGAGGAAACUCCUGAUUUUUCUGUUCCUGAGGCUUCCUCAUCCUCCGAUCCUACCCCUGGGGGAUCCAAGCCUUUAUCAGGACGUGAUAGGUAUAAAUUACAGCAAGAGUCUCUCAACCACAAAAGGAAUGCAUUGAAGCUAAGAAGGGAAGGCCGGGCAGAAGAGGCUGAUGCUGAGUUUAAAUUAGCAAAGGCUAUCGAGUCUCAACUGGAGGAAUCUGGACUCAUGUCGUCGGGUCACGGAUCUGAACCUAUAGACAGUGGGGUCCAUGUAGAGGACUUUCUUGACCCUCAGCUUUUGUCUGCAUUGGCGGCCAUUGGAAUCUCCAAUGCUCCAGAAGUUCCAGUAGCUGGCAAGACGAUAGACGAUGGUGAACCCCAAGGAGAUAACAACUCCGGUGAAGACGAGAAGAUGGAGUUGGAAGAGAAGGUUAAGGCAGAAAAACUGAAGGCGUUAAACUUGAAACGUUCUGGAAAGCAUGCAGAAGCCCUGGAUGCCCUUCGCCGAGCCAAACUCUUCGAAAGGAAGUUGAUUUCUUCCAAUUCACAACAGUAAUGUUAUAACUGAAAGUGUUUAAGUAUAUAAUAUUCUUCCUCCAAGUGUGGUGUGAAUUUAAGUAUAGCAAUUUAACAUUUUGUGAUAGACAAGAACCGUUUCUCUUGAAUUCGAACCUCAAUUGAAUUGUACUAUGGGUGGAACCUGGGAAUAGGAUAGACUCAAAUCAUGUGGGAUGUGGCUUCCAAUAAAAUUAAAGAUAAGCCUAACUAAUUUACCGAACAAUCCAAGCAUACACAUAUUGAAAGCUUAC